GAGAGAGUCAGAACAUUGAAAAGGCUUAAUAUAAAUUCGUUUAAAGGUGAACCGCCUUUUAAAAACUACAGUACUUAAAUGGUAAAGCAAAUACUGUGUAAACUACUUUAUCGUAAUUGUAAUGCAUGUUGCACCAAGCUUUUGACCCAAAAGCUGACAUAUCUUUCUUAUGAUUACCUAAACGUUCUUCUUUUUCUCAAGCAGCCUGAUUUUCCUCAUUUGAUGGACUUUUCCAGGCAAAUCCAGAAAGAGGUCUUGAAGCAGCAAGGACAGCACAGCAGUUUCUGUUUUUUUUGUUAUUUUUUUCCUACAUGAGGAAAGUAUGCUGUAAAGCAAAGGUCAAAAUGUCAAGUAAACCACAGAAAUUUGAGGAAAAUAAAAGUUUUAAACGCAAGAAUGAGCCAGAGGCUGAAGAUCCAGAAAAUUCAUCAUGUUCCUCUCCCUCUCCCUCCCUCUGUGUUUCUGACAGCUUUCCAACUGGAGACAUAGAAACAUUAAUAAGAGGUCUGAACAAAGAAAUAAACCUGCUUUUUGAUAAGUAUGCACAGAUACUAAAUGAAAGAUCUGCAGUUGAUGCAUCAUACGUUCAGGAAUUUGAUGGAAUCGUAAAAGAAGCCAGAUCAGUAGAAAUUCAGUUAAAACAGAAGCGAGAAAGCCUCAGGAAUCGCCUUACAAAAAUUGCAAAUACACUGCAAAGAUAAGAAUAACGUUUGAGUUGUCCUUCAAAGUUUAAGGUUACCUCCUGUGCCUUAAUAUAAAUCUUGAUGAUGUCAAGUACAAGCUUUGUGAUGUUGAUGCUAGAUAGAGCAAUCUAUUUCGAACCUGCAUAUUUUGUGAAUAUUCUUACUAUUGUUAUUAAAUGUAGGUUUUGAUCUAAAAAGUGUUUCUGUUUACAUAAAUCCUACAAGUUUAAUAAAGUGCUUCAUUAUUUGUUUGGA